AUGUUGAUCAAACUCUCCACUCUCGCUCUCUUCAGCGUCCUGUUCUCUCUCUACGCCACCAUGCUCGUCAUGGGCGUGAGCAUUCAGACCGGCAGCACACCAUCCAUGGCCGAUCAACUCAAACAUGAGCUCAAGGCUCGUUUGAGAACCUCUCCUGCUCUCUUCCAUAAACUCGUUAAGCUCACCAUCAAGCAACAACAACAAGGCUCAUCAUCAGGAGCAGCCGUUUCCCGCCUUGCGAUGGCCAAGAACAGCUAUGAAUUGUGUGAUUUGUGCAUCAACUUGUUGGAUCAAACCAUCAAUAAUUUGGUGAAUAUUAUCUUGAAUGUGGGUGUGAUUGGUGGAUGUGGUGAUAUUUGCAAAUACUUGUCGAACUUUGGUUCCUUGACCGUUGUUGCAUGUAAUCUCGUUUGUGAUUAUUUGGGUGUGAACGAGUUCAUUAACUUGAUUGAGAAUGCUGAUUUGGAUGCUAUUUAUGGAUGUCAAUUGGUGAGCUUGUGUCCAAUUCGUGAUUGUAAAGCUCCUGUCUGUGCUCAAUUCUUUAACACUCGUGUUGUGCCAGCCAUUGUACCAAAGGGAACUACUUUCAACGCUGUCUCUCAAUUGAGAGUUUUCAAUCAAACUGGUACUGGUGAAUUGUACUUUGAGGUGGACGGACCAGUCACUGCUGACAUUGCUGGAGGUGAAUUGAAAGGACAAGGUUUCACUCCAGGCAAUUACGAUAUCCAAGUUCAAAUUCAAGCUCAAGAUGACGAACAAAACCAAGUGGUCUGGUUCCCAGGCAAGUAUGAAUUUUUCGUUGCUGCCUGUGAAGGUGAAUGUGGAAGCAAGCAUCCACACAGCAGAAUUUUGGCUGAAUCUCGUGCCUUCUUCAACAUUACUGCCAACUAG